AGAAACGAAGGGGCCAUAUGCAAUUUCCGGCGCGACGAAGACAACUGAACUGAGUGAAGGCUUCUCAUUAACGCCCAUUAAACUGCAUCGUUGUUUGUAGAGAUUGUCUAUAUCUGAAAUUAGACGCAAUAUGGCUGAGGCAAUUCAGAAGAAGUUACAGUCAGAGCUGGAAAAAUACCAAGGGAUACAAAAAGAUGUGAGUAAAAGCAUGUCUGCCAGACAAAAGCUUGAAGCGCAGCUCACUGAAAAUAACAUCGUCAAAGAGGAACUGGGUUUAUUAGAUGCUCAGAAUAUAGUCUACAAACUCAUCGGGCCUGUUUUGGUGAAGCAGGACCUUGAUGAAGCCAAAGCAACAGUGGCUAAGAGAUUGGAGUAUAUCAAUGGGGAGAUCCAACGUUAUGAAACCCUGCUGAAGGACAUGGAGCGGAAGUCGGAGCAGCACCGCGAGGUCCUCACAAGCCUCCAACAGGAGUAUCAGCGAGCACAGGGCCGCACAGUGGGGAAAGUCUGAUCCUUGGAUGUGGAUAGACAAGUGCAAUGGAUAAACCCAGAAGGAAAAACAAAGACUCCAAAUGUCAGAGGCUCAGAAACCACUGAGUCAGGUCUCACUCUUCUAUGGCCCUCAGAGACUCAUUGACUGACUGACUGACUGACCGACUGACACAUGCCCGCACGGUCACAGCAAACAAAACACAUAGUUUGAGAAGGAUCAUUUGUCAUUUCCAUGGUCUCCAAUAAAGUGCUGGCAUUGUUUUGUGGCAUUUAUUUUGGCUCAAGUUGUCAUAUUUCAAGCCCCAUAAUUUUGAAAUAUUUUUUUUAUUUUUUUACGCAAGAUUACCUUUUUUUUUAAAUUCCAUCUUUUACAGUUUGAAAAUAACAAAAGUAUCUAGCAACACCCCCUUUGGCAAGCAUCACAGUUUGAAAACGCUUUUUGUAACGCUUGUUGUCUUGCAUGCACUUCCCUUUUGAGGUCAAUCCACAGAUAGUCGAUGAUGUUUAGGUUGGGGGACUGUGGGCCAUGGCAACACCUUCAGCUUGCACUUCUUGAAGUAGUCCAAUGUGGAUUUUGAUGUGUGUGUAUAGGAUCAUUAAACUGCUUAAGUAGCCA